CAGCGUUUACAAAUUUUUCACGUGAAUGACACUGCUGUAGUCCAAUGGAUGUCUCGUCGGCAUGCCUGUGAUUGGUCGAAUGUACAGUUAUGGGCGUGGUAUUGUGAUGUUUUGUGAUGGGAUGGAAAAUGGCGGCUGUUCGGAGACCGUAUUAACUUUAUACUACACUAACAGAAGCAACCAUGCACGCCCUUUCCCUACAUUGCAUUGGAAAUAUCUGCAUGUUCUUUUUGUCCACAAGACUUGUAAUCUUGAGUUUCUAUUGGUAUAAGCAGGUCGCUUUUCAAAAAGCUAACAUUAGCUGCACACGACUUGGGAGUGAUGAAGACAAGGAACAAAGCUCGAGUGUUCAGGCAGGCUUGAUUUUAUGAUAAUUUUACAUAUGUAAAUUUUAAAUGCUACUGUUAAAAGAAUAAGUCAUCGUGGUAAAUUUAAUUUGCUUCUUCAAAUGAGUCGGGCUCCGCAGCUUGCUCUAUCCAAAAGACGGUGGUUCACCAACCCACUGUGAAUUUAAGCAAGGCACGAUUAACGUUACAUGAGUUUUAGAACUACUCAGGGAGGGUAAAUAGCUUCUUAUCAUCUCAUUUAUCUCGUCAAAAGACACACAAGUGCGUAACUUUUUGUUGUAACUUUAGCUAACAGACUAGACAAGUUACCGUCUUAAACGCAUACCUGCCCGCUGCCUGUUUCCAAUGGAGCCAAGAGGUGAUACAGUGCAGCGGAACGUGGUUUUCUGAUGGGUCUAAGUUAAUACUGUAGAUCGUGCAUCUCCAUUUGAUUGGACAAAGACCGAUUUACCAGUAAUAAUGGAUGAUUCCAAGCCGCGGUACAGCAAAAGGCUGCGGGCCGGCACCCGACGUCGUUAUCACGAUGACGGAAUCUCAGAUGAGGAGAUUGAUGGAAGGAGGAUGUUUGACCUGGAGGAGAAGGUCAACAGUCAGAGGUUCAGCUCUGACCGUGUCAUUCGCAUGGAGGGAAGAGACUUCACAUAUGAAUUCGUCCAGAGAGGCGGUCUGAGGGACCCAAUCAUCUUUGAGAAGCCUGACGGACUGGGUAUCAAGAUGCCCGAUCCUGACUUCAGUGUCAAUGAUGUCAAGAUGUUUGUUGGUAGCAGACGUAUGAUAGAUGUGAUGGACGUGAGCACUCAGAAGGGGACAGAGAUGUCCAUGGCCCAGUGGACACGUUACUUUGAGACUCCUCCGUGUCACAGGGAGAAGCUCUACAAUGUCAUCAGCCUGGAGUUCAGCCACACCAAGCUGGAGAACCUGGUCAGGAGACCUGCCACAGUAGAUCUAAUAGACUGGGUGGACAACAUGUGGCCUCGUCACUUGAAAGAGAGACAACGAGACUCAACCAACUCUAUCAAUGACAUGCAGUAUCCCAAAGUACAGAAAUACUGUCUGAUGAGUGUCGAAGGCUGCUACACGGACUUUCACAUUGACUUUGGAGGGACGUCAGUGUGGUACCACAUACUGAGAGGAAGCAAGGUGUUCUGGCUGAUCCCUCCCACCCCCCAGAACUUGGAGCUGUAUGAGAACUGGGUGCUGUCGGGGAAACAGGGAGACGUCUUCCUUGGAGACCGAGCAUCUGACUGCCAGAGGAUUGAACUGAAGCAAGGCUACACCUUCAUCAUACCCUCAGGUUGGAUUCAUGCUGUCUACACGCCGGUAGACUCCAUGGUGUUUGGAGGAAACUUCCUGCACAGCUUCAACAUCCCAAUGCAGCUUAACAUCUGUAAUAUAGAAGACAGAACGCGGGUUCCAGUGAAGUUUCGUUACCCCUUCUAUUAUGAGAUGUGCUGGUACGUGUUGGAGCGCUACGUCUUCAGCCUGACCAAGACCUCCUACCUCACACCCGAGUUUCAAAAACACUCACUGGGCAUCGGGCUGAAGAAGCCAUCCGGCUCAGACGCAACAGGUGAGCAGGUGAAGGAGGAAGAGGGCGAUGGCAGUGAUGAAGAGGCUUCAGAGCAGCAGUCUGACAAGCCUGCAGUGAAACUUCAUCUCACUCCCCUUGAGCUGGAGGGAAUGUGGAACCUGCUGGGUAAACUGGAGGCUCUGCCCUCCAACAAGAAGUGUGUCCCAGCAGGGAUACACAAUGCCCCGGCACUCAUUACACACAUAAAGGCACUACUGAAGGAACAUGCCAGUGACAAUCCCAAGCUGUCCUACACAGGGAAACCAAUCGUCAAGUGGCCCAAGAGACCCUCAUGGUACCAGCCUCCUCCUCCUCCGCCACCGCCUCCUCGUCCUAAAUUGGCCACCACUCCCAUCAUCCCACGACCACAGAAACCAGCCUCCUCCAUGUCUGUGCUGAGACGGCGUAGAGUCAGAUGUAAGCGCUGUGAAGCCUGUAUGAGACCAGAAUGUGGAGACUGCAACUUCUGCAGAGACAUGAAGAAGUUCGGAGGACCGGGGAAGCUCAAGCAGACUUGUGUGCUACGACAGUGUCUCUCCCCGGGCCUUCCUCUGUCUGCAGUGUGUGAGAUCUGCAAGGAGCCCAAUCAGGAGGAAACUGGAGAUUCCUCCCUCACUCUGAUGGAAUGUUCCAACUGUGCACAGAUUGUCCAUCCUGCCUGCCUGACGGUUCAAGGUGAAGGUCUGGUGAAUAAAGACCUGCCCAGUUGUUGGGAGUGUCCAAAAUGUGUCCAAGGCAUCACUGACCCAGAGCAGUCUAAAGGAGACAAAGGUGAAGGCCUUCCAGUGAAGCGGAAAUCUUCCUCCCUGCUGGACGCCCGCAUGGCUAAGAUUUACCGACGGCAGAGACACAGCCGCGACGGAGAUGACUCUGCCAGUGAUGACGAUGAUGACGAAGCCUCUCUGAGAAGAAAGAUGGCGCUUCAUGCUCGAGGGGGGGCGCACUCUUCCAGAAGGGGGUUUGGUGCCAACAGGAGAGGCCUGCUGAGAGGAGGCUCAGCCCACAGAGGAAGCAGAGGAGGGCUUAUGACUCCCGGCUCCUCCUCCGUCUUCAAGCUAAAGCGAGGGAUGGGCAUGAGGGAGGGUGGACGGAGAGGACGGGGGGUGAGGCUACGGGGAGGCUCCAGGAUGCAGCGGAGAGGAGACGAGUCGGAGGAGUCGGAUGAAGAUGAUGAUGAUGAAGAGGAAGAGGAGGAAGAGGAGGACAGCGAAGAUGGAGGCAAAGAACGACGGUAUCGUCGACGAAGGAGGAGGCGCAGGACCGAUGAUGAAGAUGAAGAUGAGGAAAGUGAGGGGCAGGAGUUUGACCCUGAAGAGGAGGAGAUGGACACGCUGGAAGAUGAAGAAGACGAGGGUGAGGAGGAGGAAGUGGAGGAGGACGGACGUUGGGAUUCAGACCCAGAACCCCCGGUCCUCUUGGUGUCUGACCUGAAUGAUGACCUGCUGAGCGGCUCCUAUCUGACUGUAACUCUACAGCGCCCCCACAAGGCUAAGAGACAAUCUGGCUCCAUAGUGCCAAAGCUGGAAGCAGCCAUGGGGCCGAGGACAGCUGCAGUGGGUGCUGCUGGUCAGCAGGCCUUCAUCCAGAGAAAGUCGGCUCUGUCCAAACCUGCACGCCUCAGGUUCACUGACUCCACAGCUGACAGUGUGACGCCAAGAGGGCCUGGCAGGCCGCGUCUGCGUGGUAACCAUGGCGACAGAGGCACCAGAGAUCAUUCCGCGUCCUCUUCAGAGGAAGAGGAAGCUUCCGCUCCUCCUGCACCCUUCUCCCUGUCUCCUCCAUCCCUGCUGUCUCUGCCGUCCUUUAAGGACGUGGGCAAUGAGAGAGGAGGGGAGAAGGAGAUUUGGGUGUCUGUGUUCAGAUACCUGAACAGAGCUGAGCUGCUGGCCUGCAUGACCGUCUGUAAGGCCUGGUACAAGUGGAGCUGUGACAAGCGUCUUUGGAGCCACGUGGACGUGAGUCGGUGCAGCCCGCUCACUAACCAGGCCCUGGCGGGCAUCAUCAAACGCCAGCCCUCCUCUCUGGACCUGUCCUGGACCCCACUGGCCAAGAGACAACUCAACUGCCUGCUCACCAGGCUCCCAGGUCUGAGGGAAUUGAGGGUGACUGGUCUGUCCUGGUCCUGUCUGUCUGCACUGGUCUCUCCCACUCUGCCCUGCCUGCGGCUGCUGGAUCUGCGCUGGUGUGAAGGCCUUAAAGAUGGCCAGAUUAAAGAGAUCAUCAGCCCGCCUGUAGGUUCCGAGUCAUCUCGCAGCAGAUUGAGAAACAUGGUGACGCUGCGUCUGUCUGGCCUGGACAUCAGCGAGUCCACUCUGAGGCUGCUGCAGCGCCACAUGCCCCAGCUGGAGAGACUGGACCUGGCUCACUGCAAAAACAUAACUGACUCGUCCAUUGCCCUGCUGGCAGCAGCAGGGACUCACACCCGCAACAACCUCACUGAACUCACAGUGGCAGGCUGCAGUGAGCUGACAGAUGGGUGUCUGUCCUACCUGAAGCGUCUCUCCUCUCUGACCCUGCUGGACCUUCGAGGUUGUAAGAACAUCAGCAGACGAGCCUGUGACGCCUUCAUAUCUGACCUGUCCCACGUCGCCCUCUACUGUAUGAUGGAGGAGAAGCUCAUCCAGCGCAUAGACUAACUCACCUUUCUACAGCUGGAAGCUGGAAAAUAAAUGCUUUAUUUUUUUACAUCUUCAACUUUCUUUGUAUAUUGUUGUUCAAAACAUUUGGAGCACCAAACCUGGAGUUAGAAACAUUAAACCUUACCAAACUUUGGCACCCAAAGGCAACUGUCCAGAGCUCCUAAAUUGUGUUCUGAUUCAUCAUGUAAAUAAAGACCUCUUUGGAAUUA